AUGGGACCCCAUUGGUUACGCCGAAGGAGACCCUUCAGCACAAUAAGAAGUUUAAUGAGCAGUCCAUUUAACAUUUACACAAACAACUGUCUAGUCUCUUCCAACCAAUUCUUUAGUGAAGUUUUUUUAAUGAAUAAAAAACUUGCAUACUAUGUAAACGAUUAUUUUGGGCUUCACGGAUGGUCAAAUAGUGGAGGAAAAAGAGUAGGCUGUCUUUUCCCCCCAUGUUACUCUCAAGUGAUUUUUCAAUUUUGCGUUUUGAUGAACAAUUACCAUUAUGUGUCCAUCCCAACACCUGUAAAAAAGUCAAAGCAGAUAAAGCAACGAUAUUCCUUUUACAUAGCAGAAAAUAACAUCGACUUAAUUCUUUGCCAUCCUUUUUACAAACAUUUUAUCGAAGAAAUUACUCUUAAUUUGCAAAUUCCUUUUUUAAUAUGUUACGACAGGCCAGAUGUCUUAUCGCAUGAGGAGUAUUUGGACGAUCUGAAAGAAGGGCGGGAAAAUUUUGGUUAUAAGUUUAUGUAUGACCUGAAGAAGGAUGAACAUUGGACUAAUGGGGGAAUUCGGGAAGAGUUAAAAGAAGUGAAGGAGAAAUAUUUCAACGGAGAAGUUGGUACAAAUAAUUCUGUCGCCAAGGAGAUGAUUUCCAGACAAAGUGAUUCUCCUUCUUCCUUCCAUUUAUAUUUAUCGAAAGAAAACGAGUGCGACAAAAGCAUACAGUUUUUAUCAACCUGCAUUUUCAACCAAUCCAUGCAUUUAUCAAACUUCUUCAAUUGGGGAAAAGAUAAUAACAUCGCCUUGAUGUGUAUGCCAGCAAACAAUAUAGCUUAUUUUGAUGUUCUCUUUAGCCUGUUAUUUUCCGGCGCAGUUGUUACUUUCCCCGAAGCGAGUAAAAAGAAAACAUUAAAUUAUAAUAGCUAUAUGGAUUGGUUUAAAGAACAUAUGAAAAGUAAGGAAAACAAUUUUUCAGUUCACAAUUUGCUAAUUAAAAAAGACUUCACAGAUAUUGAUGUUGAUUUUGAUUUUAUUGAUGGCAUGAAUUUAUUUGAAGAAUUAUUCCAUAUGAAGAAGUCCAUAAAUAUUCUUGUCUGUAAUAAUUAUUUAAUUCACGAUUUCCUUUCUUUUUUUAAAAACUCCGAUAUCGAUGUUGGAACGAAAAUGGAUUUUAUCCAAAAGAAGGCAUCUCAAGUGAGGAUUAUCCUCCUUAACGGAAAUGAAAUAAUGCCGGGAAUUAAUGUAAAUUACCUUGAACAAAUAAAAGAAGUAUUCAUUAAUGCUAAAAUAUAUGUGCGCUAUGUAGUGCAAGAAGUAGGAACGGUCAGUAUAAUGGAGUUGGGGCAACUGGAACAAGACAACAUCCCAUAUGAAAGAAAAUUGGCCGGUUAUGUUCUUCCAAAUGUUCAUGUGAAAAUUGAUUCAAAAACAAAUGUUAUGAAAAUAAAAUCAGAUAAUGUGUUUAGUCAAUAUUACAAUAAUGGGAAGCUGACUUCUCAGGCGUUUGACCAAGGAGGCUUCUUCAAAACCAAGUAUGUGGCCUCCUUGGCAGAAAAUGCCCUUUUGAAAAUUGAGGGCAUUCACAACGACAUGGAAAACAUCCCCGACGAGUAUUACCUCUACUUUAAGCAGAGGAGGGACAAGAUGGAGAAGCACCCCCCUGGGUACCUCAAGCGCGUGCCUCUGCAGGGUCAGAUAUGGGGAAAUUUUCAUGCCAACCGCAGAAACUGGAAGCGCAAGUUCUGA